GAAAAAUGCCAGACCUGGACUGCUCGAUUUAGUUCCUGCCUCGUAGCAACGAGCACGACAUACUGUCGGACGUCUAAGACUAAUUAAGCAUUCCGCUGCUAAAACCCUAAAGUUAAACUGGCCAAUUAAAAAAGAAAAAUGUUUCGACAAAUUUCAAUCACGUUACUUGCUGCACUUUUAGUGCUAAUCCAUACGCUGGUUGCGGAGCCUACACUUGCAACGCCCACCUGCGACAGUGAGAAGUGCAUACUACCUGAUUGUUUGUGCAUGAGCACGAUGCCUCCCAUGGGUUUGAAGCCGGAAGAAAUUCCGCAAAUGGUAUUCCUCACGUUCGACGAUGCCGUGGCUGACGUGAUGUAUCCUACGUACCAGAAAAUACUUCACAACAGAACUAAUCCCAAUGGCUGCAACAUCGGGAUGACAUUCUACGUCACUCACGAAGGCACAAACUAUCGACUGGUUAACGAACUUUACAACAGAGGGAAUGAAAUCGCCUCUCACACUGUCACGCACAAAAUGGAUUACGACUAUUGGACAAAUACUUCCGUUGAAUUUUGGCAGAGAGAGGCUGGUUACCAAAGAUACCUCCUUCAUACACAUAGCAACAUACCUUUAAAUAAGAUACAGGGUUUUCGAGCUCCAUUUCUUCAGACUGGAGGUGACGUCACACACGGCGCAUUACGAAAAUUAGGCAUGACAUUUGACUCGUCAUAUACAACGACACAAUUUAUGGAUCCUCCCAUUUGGCCAUUUACUAUGGAUUACGGCCUGACACACGAAUGCAUCAUGCCUCCUUGUAGCAAAGAUAAACAUCCAGGAUUAUGGACGGUUCCCAUGAUCGAAUUCCGCAACGGUGAGAACGGAGCAUUAUGCAAAAUGGCGGAUACCUGUUUCCCUCCUUAUUUAACUCGACCACAUUUCGCCAAUCAAACUGCUAAAGAGGUCUUCGACUAUUUCAUGUUCAAUUUCAAACGGUUCAACAAGACCAGAGCACCUUUCAGCAUCAAUCAACACAUGUACUGGUUCCUCCUUGAAAACCAAGCCAUUCUCGAAGGAUUCUUACAAUUCCUCGAUCAUUUGGGCAGCCUCGAUUACGUUUACAUUGUUCCAGUGAGCAAGGGGAUAGAAUGGCUGAAAAAUCCCAAGACGUUGGCGGAGAUGCAGACGAAAAAUGUUUUCAGCUGUGACUCAACUUCCGACAACAUGGCGCCGUGUCUGAAACCACAAGUUUGCUAUUACACCACAUCCAUUCCAGGUGGUACACGAUUCAUGGGCUCUUGUAAUUCUUGUCCUGCUGAAUAUCCUUGGCUGUUGGACCACGAUGACGAAUUUAUGAUGCAAUCAACUUCCACGAAAGUGGAAACAACCCUCACGACGACGCAAGCACUGCCAAUAACGAUGCAGACGACACCCGCCACCGGUAGUGCAACACAUUUAGGGUAUCAACUCGUCAUAAGUGUGUUGUUAGUCGUUCAGGGAUUCGUGUUAAGUUUCUUCCAAUUUUUUGGUUAACUUAAGGGUUUUAAAAGCGCGAAAGAAUACAAAGUUUUGCUUUA